GUGGCGAAAAUAGCCCCUUAUCCACACACAAGCGCGACGGUCCUGUCUCCUGUGGCUCCCGGGCACGGCAGCGGCAAAUACACAGCCGGCCAUCGGGAACCAGAAGAUCGCUACCCAGCCAAGCAAGAAACAGAGACCACCAGAGCAUGGCGACCGCGGCGGCCUCGUCGUUCCUCUCCCCGGCGGCAAAGUUCGCGCUCCAGAGCCGGUGCCCAAGCGCCAAAACUGCACCACGUAGCGUCCGCUUCCCCCCGGUGCGAGCCCAGCAGGAGGUGAAAGAGGAGGAGCCCGCGGCGACGGUGCCGCCGCUGCAGGAGGAGCAGGCGACGGCGGCGGCGGCGGCGGCGAAGGGCCCCGCGCAGUCGCUGCCGCGGCAGCCGCUGGCGGAGAGCAAGAACAUGGGGCGGGAGUACGGCAGCCAGUGGCUGAGCUGCACGACGCGGCACGUGCGCAUCUACGCCGCGUACAUCGACCCGGAGACCAACGCGUUCGACCAGACGCAGACGGACAAGCUCACGCUCAUGCUCGACCCCACCGAGGAGUUCGUCUGGACCGACGAGACAUGCCAGAUGGUCUACAACGAGUUCCAGGACCUCGUCGACCACUACGAGGGAGCUCCACUGUCAGAGUACACGCUUCGUCUCAUCGGCUCUGAUCUUGAGCACUACAUCCGCAAGCUGCUCUAUGACGGGGAGAUCAAGUACAACAUGAGGUCCAGAGUGCUCAACUUCAGCAUGGGCAAACCCCGCGUCAAAUUCAACAGCAGCCAGAUGCCAGAUGUAAAAUAGAUGUAUACAACUCGGCGAGCUGACGAGUCGUACACACUUGCUCUUCCAUAAGAGAGUAGCAUUUACAAGACCAUUCAACACAUAUAUAACAAAUAAUUAUUAUCGUACUCUCUAUCUCUUUGUAAGCUUACUAGAGAACACCGUCUCAUAGACUGAGACGUUUAACAAUCAAGUCUCAUAUAAGUGUGUUCUUUCAAGAAUGCUCUGUACAACAACUUCUUUGCAACAUCUUUGCUACAUGUAGUCAACAGAAAAACAUUAAGGCA